CUCAUUUGUUGCGCGGCGUUGGAUGAAAACGCGUCGAAAUCGCGUGAAACGAGCGGCUGAACGAACGAAACGAAAACGCCAGCACCCGAAGAAGGCGAAGAAAAACGCGCGCGUGCGUCGAGAAGGAGAAGAGGAGGAGAACAACAACAACAUCAAACACAAUCCAUGUCCGACUAUUUUGAGGAGCUGGGCCACGAGCCCACCGGUCCGGAGGGGGCCAACGACUUUGCCAAGCACUACCGCCGCCUGCAGGUGCUGGCCAUCAUGAACGGCAUCGACAUCGACAUACAGGUGCCGGAGGCCUCGAAGCGAGCCAUCGCUGCGCUGCCUGUGCACAAGGUCCUGGAGGCCGAGUUGGGCGGCGAUCUGGAGUGCGCGGUGUGCAAGGAGCCGGCCCAGGUGGGAGAGGUGUACAAGAUUCUGCCGUGCAAGCACGAGUUCCACGAGGAGUGCAUUCUCCUGUGGCUGAAGAAGACCAACUCGUGUCCCCUGUGCCGCUACGAGAUGGAGACCGACGACGCGGUCUACGAGGAACUGCGCCGCUUCAAGCAGGACGAGUCCAACCGCCGUGAGCGCCAUGACAACCUCAUGAAUUCCAUGUUUGGUUAGAGAAAGUGCUGAAAUUGUCAUUUGGUUAAGGGAAAUAAAGAUUGGUAUGGUA